CGCGUGUCGAAGGAGUGGGACGCGUGCGUGUUUCCCGCCGAAAGUUUGUCGCGUACGCGUUGUGAACAAUUUUUACUAUGGUAACAUUGAUUAUUAUGAUAGAUACUUUUUAGUUAAAAUAAAUGGUAUAAGUUUCGACGAAUUCAACGUAUAUGUGAAUGUAUGCUUUUUGCAGAUGUGCCUCGCGAUCAGAACUUCGAUUUCAAAUCCCAGCUGAUACGGCCAAAAUUGAAUACUGGCUGAAAAUAAUGUUAAGGAGCUUUUGAAGUAAUUAAAAAUUUCAAAUAAAACGAAAUUUUGAAAAGGAACGCGUUUGUUUAUCGCGGCAGUCGCGCAGGCGGCGCCGCAUUGUUGGUUGUGGCUCGUAGGGGCUGCUGGUGUGGUUGGUGGGCGGUGGCGAGCGCGGGUGCAGCAAGCGCACAGCGCAGCCCGCUCGGCUGGGCUAUGGGCAGCUCACAGCGAAUAGCCGCAGUGGCGGCCGUAUCUCAUGCGAAACAUUACUACAACCAUACACGACCAGACGUUGCACAGACCUCUGAGGCGACACAUUAUACCGUCAAUAUAUUUUUUGUAAGUGCAACUUUAUGUGGCGUGUUGGUGGCGGUGUGCGCGGCGUGCUGGCGUCGCUCGGCACCCACUGACAAGCCGGAAGACGUAACAGAAUGUGGAGUAUACACAGUCAGCUCUGACGCGAGGCUGGGGCAGCAAUUCCUCGACGAAAUGCCCGGCCCUCCGCCGGCGUACGAGACGGUCGUCGAGGGAACGUCAGCGAUCAAAGAAGACAUUCUUCAGGAAGUACUAUCGGAGCCGUGUUCAAAAUGCAAACCGACAAAAGGCGAUAGUGGUCUACCAUCAUACGAGGCGGCCGUGUUACUACAUGAUACAAAAUUAUAAUAAAUUCUAGCUUCAUCCACGUCAUCGUCCCUGAACACCAACGCUACUUAUGACCAAAAUAAUAUUAGGUAAUUAUCAAUUGAGCUACGCUUGUAAUCAUUUAUGCGAUAAAUAAAUAUAAUACUUAAAACGUAACCACACGAAUACGUGUUAUAAAACUACUAGAAAGUUUAUCGUUUGAAGUGUGAUUAUUUUGUUAUUUCUUUCGCAGUGGGCAUUAAUAGUUUUGAACUAUUUAAAUAAUUAUAUAAAUUAAUGAAAACAGUUAAUUUUAUUAUUACUAUAUACAUAAAAAUAUUCUUGGAUUUUGGGGAUUUGCAAUUUAUUUUUAAACAUCAGUUCAAAUCAAUCAGUUUUUUGAACAGAACGAGAUAACAAGAAAUAUGAUAAUUCUAGGAAAUUUCAAAGAUGUUCCUCCGUUUGACAUACAAGUGAAUAUUAUCAGAGAACAGCACAUCUCCAGCGGUGGUUCAUGUAUUGUUAUUUAAUUGAAGUUUCCCGUACUAAAUAUGUUUGAUUUUUAGUAUUUUUGUUUUGCGUUUUUGUAUGAGAAGUGCUCUCACACGGAACGCUUGACAUCAUUAAAAGUAUUUUUAUUUGGUAUUACAAUAGACCGCAGCGGUAUGAAAUUUGGUUUCGUUGUUGAAAUAGUUUGAAGAUGGGACUUUUUGGGAACUUAUAUAAUGACAUUUGUAUUUUAUUUCCAUCCACCUUUAUGUUAUGUAUAUUGUUAUGUAUUCGUCGUUAUUUGUUUUAAUAUAUUUCUU